AUGACAGCCAUGUUGACAGGGUGUUUGAGGCUGCUUUUGCUCCUUCCCUUGGUUUGCUGUGUCCCCUCUCCCUCCAGACCCCCUUCCAGACUCUGCAGACGAUGCUGCGACCAGCAAGAUUCCCCAGCGGCCACUGCUCAAUAUCAAAUGCCCGAAGUCCGAACUGUGAUCAACAUGACCAUCCUCAAAGGUGAUAAAGGAGACAAAGGAGACAAAGGUACACCUGGAAAACCAGGUCAGGAGGGCUCUCCUGGCUACCGAGGACCCAUGGGCCCUAAAGGCAGCAAAGGCCAAGCAGGUGCGCCUGGAGACGCCUGUAAGAUCCCUCACUCUUCCUUCUCCGUGGGACGUCGCAAGUCCCUGCACAGCCUGGACUACUACCAGGCACUGGUGUUCGACACAGUGUUCGUCAACCUCUACGAGCACUUUAACAUGUUCAAAGGCAAGUUCUACUGCUACGUGCCGGGGAUCUACUUCUUCAACAUCAACAUCCACACCUGGAACUUUAAGGAGACAUACCUCCACCUGAUGCACAACGACAAGGAGCAGGUGAUCCUGUACGCUCAGCCUAGCGAGAGGUCCAUCAUGCAGAGUCAGAGCGUCAUGCUGGAUCUGGCUCUGAAUGAUGAGGUCUGGGUCCGCCUCUACAAAAGAGAGAGGGAGAACGCCAUUUACAGUGACGACGUGGAUGUUUACAUCACCUUCAACGGGUACCUGGUAGCUCCUAGUAUCCAGUGAAGAGAAGGCAGGAUGGACGGACUGCCUGGAUCACAUUAUUAAGUCUUUGUCCCAGGGAUGCUGUUUUGUGCCAAGAAAGAGGAACUAAUUAGCGCACAAAACAAGUUAGGUGCUUCUUAAAUAUUCCUUUCAACCUAGAGAGGAAAAUGCUGUUUUGUUAAAUCCCAAAAUGUUCAUACCUAAAGACACAAUUUAAAAAAGAGAAAGGUGGCACAGCUGGCACAGCACAGCAGUUAGAAAAAAAAGUUAAAAUAAUUCCUUUGCACUAGAAAUAAUUAUUGUACAAAGAUUUUUUUUCUCUUAUUUCCGUGCCGUUUCCCUCAAUUGCCUCCUUUCAGGUACUUUUUAAUGCCACGUUAUACCAGUAAUGAGGAAUUUUAAUUCUGUGCAAUCAGUUUUAUGCAACAUUUGUGGUGUGAUGACUCUCAGUGAGAGAGAUUCUGUCAGAGGGAAAUGUGUUGUGACAGACAGCUAUCAUUGGACAAUUAUGUCCUUCGUGCCUUUCGCUGAAGCAAUUUAAAAUGUCAGUUCAUCCAAAUUACAAAAACGUCCCACUUCCACUAACAGUAUGUAGCCAUGCAGAAAUGUAAACGCUGAAGCUAAAAGAGGCAUCAUCCUAAUGCAAGGCAGCGAUCACGCAAACAGCCAGCGUAGAAAAAGAUCCCAAUGAGGAGCAGGCAAAAGGCAAAGCUGGUGAAGCAGUUCAGAGGUCAUGCACAGAGAAAUAACUGUGAACAUUGAGAAACAAUAACAAAAGAGGCACAGAGCAUUAGGAAAACUACCAAAAAACAGGGUGGGGCACGCAAUCUCAAAGGAGGGAAAAACUAAUAGAAACAAAACUGAUGGUUUAAACAUGCCAAGAAUUAGAGAAUAAAACAAAAAGCCGUCAUAAUCGUUUGUUUGUCUAAACAAAACAGCCAAAAAUUAAUCCAGCGACUGGGAACAAAGAUGGGGAUGAUUUAGGCGAAGUCAUAUUCAUGACCAGCAGUUAUGAUUUUUCAUGGCAGCAGUAGGAUAAAUGUUUCACUGGGUCUGACGGGACCAUUAAGCACAGCUCUUCUUUGCUACUGAACUGCGCCCUGUUUCGUCAAGUGGAUCGCAGUGGAUCUGAGCAUGCUCCAUACCUGCUCUCAUCCUUUGUAAUUUUGGUGAGCUGACCGUUCAAACCUUUCCCAGCAUAUCACAAUGAAUACGGUGCUUUAUCGAAUGCAGCAAUGCAUUUGACAGUUAUGAUGCGUUCUCUCAGAGAUUUCAGGCUGCAGAGCAGUUUAUGUAAAUAGCUGUAAAUGAGCUCUCUGUAAUAUGUUUUACCACUUAUGCCUUUGGUGCUGGACUGUGUAUGUGUGUGUUUAUAUAACAAUAUUUCCUUCACUAGCCAAGUUUCUCCUUGUUUGUAAUAGUGAGCAAAAAAAAAAGGACUCAUAAUUUUAUAUAAAAUCAAGAGCUGUGUAUUCCAUCAAUAUGUGAAAAUAUCCCUUUUUUGUAUUAACGCGUCUGCAGGAAAUUUUCCUCACCUAACUAAUUCUAAUACAAGUGACACUCCAGAUUAGCGCUUGGCUCACAUCUAAGCCACUCAACCCUGCGAGGGGAGCAUUAUUGGAGAUCAAACCCAAAAAAAACCUGGCAAGAUUUCUAAAGUAAACCAGCAAACAAAAAUGCUUCUCAAACUCUGAGAGACAGCGGAUGAGUCCACAGCGUGCCAGCUCCAUCUGUUUGGCCAUAUAUCUCCCAUUAGCUGUAAUGCCGUCCUCAGGGAGGCUCAGGGAGGAAAGGCAGACUGCAGCACUGUAAACACUUUAAGCCUUCGGUGGCGAUCGGAAAACUCUGAUGGGAAACAAAGCGGGACAUCUUUCCUGGAUCAUCAGCCCAGACUAGUGGAGGCUGUUCCAACAUGCACAGCGGGCAAGCUGUUAGUUAAAACGAGCACUUUAGGGGUAUAAUAGUUUAGGUUUUCCUACUAUGUUUUGCUGUUAUAGAUGGAAUAUUUACAUACUAAUAAAUGAGUCAAAACAAAUAAAAGAAAUUAAACGCGGCAUUAGACUUAAAAUGGCGGAAAUAGGAAAUAUAUAAAUUAGCAAUGAGCCAAAGACAAAACCAGCAAAACUCCUGAUUGUAACUCGCACAGGAAAGUGUGCACACAUACUGUGUAAUCUGACUCACUAUGUUGCCCAUUAAAAACAACAACAGCACUUGGAAUAAAUACUCUCACAGUCGAUUAAAGCGACAAGCCCAAUUAAGUGAACUUUUACAGGAUUCAUGAAAACAACCGGCCAGUUUGGGCUGUUUCGACUAAUCCCAUUAAACUUAAACAAUGAACAACCAACUGAGACAAAUUUUCCUUCCAAUUAUCCCUGAUGAGUGAAAAACACCAGCUAUCACAGUGAGCAGUAAUGAAAUUCUCAUUUCUUGUUUGGCAGCGUUCUUUAGUCCGUCUGGGCUGUGGAUGAAACUUUACUCUCCUCUCUUGGAAGCACAUCUGACCUGAAGAUCACGACACACUAACAAGCUUUUUUGUUUUUCCUUUAGCCAAGGGGUUCUUAUGCUUAAUGUACAUGCUACACAUUCAUCAAUUCACAUUUAACAUGCUAACUGAGGUCUGUAGCUCUUUGGUUUUCUGUAGUUUCUCUGAGCUCUCCACGGUGUGACCUCAGGGUGAAUUUGCUGGUACUGCGUGUCCCGUCACAUGAGAGAUGUUCAAAAUAAACAAAUGAUGCUGAGAA